AUGCCAGGCUUUUUGGAUCUACCCCUUGAACUUCGAAACCAUGUAUACGAGAUAUUACUUGGUGAAGAGCUAGGGCGAUCUUUCCGUGGGGUUAUGGUGGUGUCAGAGCAUUAUGUGAGGAACGAUCUACCGCUUCGGUGCUAUCGCGGCUUGCUGCGCGUAUGUCGCCAGAUCCAUGGAGAGUUUAAGCAGGCAAUUCAACAUUUGGUCGCCGCAAAACGCCUAAACUAUGAAUUCGACAUCACAUUUUCGCAUGGUCGGCCGUACUUCUCCUUGAGCUGGGUUCAAUUUGCGGCGCUUUCGCCUACCUUCAACCAACUUCUCAUCAAUGUCGAUUUGCGCACUCGUGAGCCUCUCCGAGACGGGCCUCGCGAGUCCUUCGUACCCCAUGAACAUGAGCUGGCUCAUCUGUUAGAACAUUCCCCUACUUGUUUUGCCAAGCAACUCUUCGACUACAUCGCCAUCUUCCUGAAAACGCUCGCGAAUCUGCUGUUCCAAGGCAACCCUCACUUCAGUGUUCUGUACACCGAACGCAUGAUACUGAAUUUGCGUACCCCAACAAAAGUGGUUGCGCUCGGAGGAAAUGGUCAUAACCCCAUAACCUUAUCACGGAGGCUUCGCGUCGACCAGAUAGAGGCUCGCAAAUUGCAUAACACCAUGCGCAACACCCUGCAGACUACGUCGAACAACUUUAAAGCGUUCGAUGCAAGUCACUGCGACCAGCUCUUUCCGUUAAUCCAGAUUGGAUCACUGCGAUUCGCAACCGAAGGGCAAAUUUGGGGCGAGGGACACAAUUUGGUGCUUGCUCAUGAUGACUUUCAGUGGCUGCGAUUCUAG